CUUAAAUUUCCUCUAAAUUAUACGGUCAACAUCAUUGACCGUUAGUGAAUCAGCCUUCUACGCUGACGUGGAUGCCAUGUAGAAAAUAAAAAUUAAAUAAAUUAAUAAAAAACAUCUUCAUUCUCUCUCCAGGCCCACACAUCCCCAAAACUACCCAACCCUUCUUCCCCUUGACACCCGCUUUUGAAUUACCAUAUUCACUUCCCUCCCUCUAACCUCGUUGAUGUACCUCGCGAAUCACUCCGGCAGCGGCGGACAAAAAGCCAUCCCGCCAAAAGCCUCUUCUUGGGUCUUUCUUCCCUUCCCCCGCUUCUUCUUCUUCUUCUUGCCCAUUUUAGUCAUUGUGAUUCUCUUUCUGGGUUCGACCGGCGAAAUUAAGGCGAGAUUCCCCACUCCACUUCAGCUUCCAGGAACCCCCAAUUUGACCUCCCCUCAAGCAAUUUCCCCUCUCCGCAUAGAAACCAUCCCCUCUCAACUUACCUGCUCCACGAGUUAAAAAAAUCCUUUCCAAAUUUCAACAUUGAUGACUUCCCAGAACUCUACAAACCACCAAAGCCAUAACCACAACUCUAAUUUAAGAAUUCACAUUCUCACUUAAUUUCUAGACCAGAGCACAACUACAAGAAGCUAAUAAUAGGAAAACCAUCUCCUAGUUUUCUGCCUCCACUGUCUCCCAGGCCGUCGAUUCUUCAGAGGAGGAGAAGCGCAGUCGCAGGCUUGUCGUAGUUGAGCUGUUUGUGUGGCAGGGACACUCGACCUCACUGGAGAAGAAAGUGUUGUUGUCGAACUCGGGAAAUGGGAUUUUGGCUUCCUACCACUCACAUGCCUCCCGAAGAUCCGUCUCUAUCAGAAUCACGGUUGCGACCGAUGCUUAAGAACCAGAUCCGUCUCUGUCGCUGGUGACCAUUUCUCUCCUCGAAGAUUGACCCUCAGAAAUAAGAAUCGAAGAAGCAGAGUAUUCGAGAUCUCGCCGUGAGAAGAGAAGGACGAACAUGGUUGGCGAUGGUGUUUUGUUUGGGGAGGAGGGGAUGGGAUUGGAGGAUACGCCGGCUGCCAGCGGUAGUUACUAGUUUGUGAUUGGGUUGAAGAGAGAGAGAGAGAUAGAGAGUGUUGAGAGAAUUUCUUUUGGAGGAAGAAGGGUUGGGAAAGUGUUUAUGUUUGUGUCGGCACUCGGCAGAAUGAGGA